AACAGAUCAACCCGAUUGAUUACCUUGCUUUUCCAAGCUCACACUUUUACAAACAUCUACAGCUUCCCUCUGCCAGCGCGAAGUCUUCUCUCUCGCCAUGGUCGACGCUCCCAUUGAUGUCAAAGUGGAACCCGAGAUCAUCCCUAAGGAAGAACCGGGCCUCUCCACGGAAUCCACAGCUACUGCUGAAGCUUCCUCAGCCACCUCCUUUACCGAUGAGAAGAAGACUGAUAUUGGUCCUCCACCCACCGUCGAAGGCAAGAGCUCGGAAGAGGUUCAGACCCUUCUCUUCAAAGCAGCCAAACAGGUCUAUUUCUACUUUUCCGACUCAAACCUUCCGGUGGACAAAUUCUUCUUCUCCCUCACCAUGUGCAACCCAGAAGGUUGGGUGCCAAUCAAGACCAUCAUCAGCUUCAAACGCAUGCGAGACUAUCUACCAUAUGGCGUGCCGUUCGUGGCAUAUGCGUUGAGGCAAGCAGCUGCAAGAGAAGGGAAAGCUCCCUUGAUAGCUGUCAGUGAGGACGGGGAGAAUGUCAGGAGGAAAGCGCCACUGGAGCCGGUCUCGAGCGGGUUUACGAGAUCCGCCUAUAUUAAAGGCUUCGGCGAAGGAGAUACAGAUGAGAACACCCAAGAAAAGAUCGAGGAAUACUGUGAGCAGUUUGGGGCCAUCAAUGCGGUCCGCAAGAGGCGUGAGGAUGUUGGGGACGCACCCGGUGGGAAGGGGAAGGGUAAAUUCAAGGGCUCGGUUUUCGUGGAAUUCACGUACAAGGCGGAUCUCGAGGCGUUCUUGAACAAAGAAAGUCUGCCCAAAUUCCUCCCUGAUGGUCCUGAUAUGUUGUUUAUGAGCAAGGAGGCCUACACCAAAAUGAAAGCCAAAGAAAAGGGCAUUCCAGAGAGUGAGAUCCAUACCAACCGGAAGCAAGGCAAGUCCACCGGUGGAGGAAAGUUCAACGCUUUUAGAGAACUGGAAAAGAUGAAAAAAGGCGAGUCGCCAAAUCUGGCCAAAAUCCGAGAGGGAACAGCGGUGGUCGGGUCGCCGUUGGUAGCCGGCGCGGAUGGAAAAGGCGCGAAGAAGCGUGGUCGGGAAGAGGACGAUCAGAGUGAACAACCUGCCAAGGCUGUGAAACAAGAACCGAGAACAUAUACGAUCACGUACAAUGGCGUGGAACUCGAGUGUGAUCUGGCCACUGGCACUGUCAUCGACACGGACAAGAUAGCAUUCAAAAACAACUCGUCCAUCAAAUUUCCAAGCGGAGGUGAAGGUGCCGAUUGGAAGAAACUUAAAGACUUGAUCACCGAAAACGGUAUACCUGAGCCUUUCCUCGCUUAUCCUCCUGGUGCCAAAGGCGGUACUGUAGCAAAGAAGAGCGGGGAUGUCAUUACAGAAGACGAGUUAAAGCGGCUCAACGACGCAAAGCUUCCCUUCGGAGAUAUCACUGUGGAGUUCACAUAUAUGACCGAGGACGAACAGCGAGCUUUCUGGACCACUCGAGUAGCUUUCGCCUCUGGUGCCGCUGCCAGGAGGAUCAGGGAAGAAGAUCAGAGCAGGGGUAGUCAUCGAGAGCAUCGUGGCGGUCGGGGCGGCAGAGGCGGCCGAGGUCGUGGAGGCAGAGGUGGUCGGGGUGGUAACCGUGGUGGAAGAGACAGGGGUGAUAGAUCUGGAGGGGAUGCGACUGGAGCAUCUCAACUUCCCCCUGUCGUCAAGGCCGCGGCGGAGAUAUAGAUAUCUAAGGGGACUUGGUGGAGACAUGCAUCAGCAUAUAUUC